AGUUAUGUUUAUUUCAUUAUUUAUACAUUAUAGUUUAUUAAAUAUACUUACACGUUUUCUUAAGAAAAGGCCCAAAAGUAUAGUAGGCACACUUUAAAAUACAGGUCUGUGCGUACCUAUGUGUACAAUUCAUUACCGAGUUGCACCUUUUUUUUAUCUUAUGAGACAACAGUUUUAUAUCUUACGUGUAAAACCGCGUACACAUAACAAAACGACGAAUAUGUGUUCGCGAACAGAAUUCGUGUGUAACAAAUGGGCGAACUUGUAACAUUCUAUUGAACUAAUUGACAAUCCGUCAGUUGUCGGUAUUUCAACAUAACAUCAAAGUAUGUUACGCGAACAUUUUAUGACAGGUAUGGACACGUCUUAGGACAUUUUCACGAACACACAAAAUUGAACUAUUAUUAUUUAUAAUCAGUUUUUAAGUUUAAUUAACUGCCUACAGUCCUUGCAGCAUAGUCAAGUUUUCACGUUCAUAAUAUUUAAUUACAAUAAUUAAAAUAUUUAAUAAUAAGUAUUACCUUUUCAACUCGUACUUUUUUUAAUUAUGACGUAUUGGACUAGUGAAAAUACCCUUAAGUUUAUUGAAAUCUAUAGGAAUAAUGAAAUUAUAUGGAACCCAUUAAAUAAAAAACCAUUUUAAUAAGAUCUUAAAAAAUGACUCAUGUAAUGAUGUUGAACUAUCACAAUAAAUUUCAACCAAUAUCUCAGUGGAUGAGUAAGAAAAAAAUGACGUCAUUACUAGCUGCAUUCAGACGAGAAAAGACAAAAAUUAAAAAUAGUAAAGGAACGGGCUCAGGUAAAUUUUGAUAAUUUAAUAAAUAAUAUACAGAAAAAAUUAUGUGAACAUAAGAUCAAAUGAAUCCAAUCGAUUGAAACUGUCCAUUAAUUUCUUGCGUUCUUAAAUCGUUUAAUAACGAAUUUCCUCCAAAUUUUGAUUGACGAGUAAAAAGUCGGGUUUGUCUUCUAUUCUUUUUUUCUAGUGUGAGAUGAAUAUAAACAUAAGCUGCAGCAGCAAUUCGAAGUGACAUGACAAGCGUCUAUACUCAGCGAUAGAUUGAACUACUAUAAAGUUAUUCAGAAAAGUUAUUUUAGUUAUAUAAGUUAAUUUAUUGGUUAGCUAUACGCGAACAUACAUAUUUUUUAGAUAUUCGGCCAACAGUUUCUCAAAUAGUUUGACGAACAGUUCGUCGUUUUGUUACGUUAGUGUGGACGCAGCUUUAUGCACUUGAAAUUUAUUAUUUUUUGGCUACAAAUUAUAGUAUCUAAUCUCAACAGUGUAUUUCAAAUAACCUAUACGAAAAAAUACUUAAUUUUUUUCCUUGACUUCGAUAUAGUGGCAAACAGCUGUAAAACGUUUUUAUAUUUUUCGAUUGGAUGUCGUUGGAUAUUGAAAUCUGUAAUUAACAAUGUUCUGAAUGGAAAUGUCUUAUUUUAUUGUUUUUAUUUACGUAAUUAUCAUGUACAUUGAACAAAUUUUGUCUUUGGAAAUAUAUGUUAUGUGUAAAAAAUGCCAUGACUAAGACGACAGAAUAUAGGCCGACGAUUACGUAAUUAUGUUACCCAACAGUCUCAUAGGAGAUCUCAAAGUGAAGAGGCACAAUUACAACGAAAUGUUGUUCAAUAAGUAUGAAACGCACGUCGAACUUCUUCUGCAGGUCCGUCAAUAAAUCCAGCAUCAAGACGAACUUCAUGAAUUUCGUGUCGUGCACAAGCCAUAGACUUUGCUGUAUUUAUUACUACGACAGUGAAAUAGAUUACAGUGAACAUGGUCUUACUGGUGGAAUGACGGUGAGAUGUCUACAUUGUGCUGCAGUCAAAUUUCCAGGUGAAACGGCUGGCAUGUGUUGUGCUAAUGGAAAAGUGAAAUUGCCAGCAUUCGAAUCUCCACCUGAUCCACAGCACUCAUUGAUUUUUGGAUCAUCAUCAACGUCCAAGCAUUUUUUGUCUCAUAUUCAAGAAUAUAAUAAUGACUUCUUUUGGUGCGACGAAAGUUAUAAGAGACAAUUUUAUGCCGACGUUCAAGGUAUUUAUUUCAUACGGACUAUCUUUCGAAAAAUGCAACAUGACCAGCAAUUAUUUUGACGUUUUCAUGAAUUCUGCUCCAAUGUCAAAUUGUAUUUCUCAUAUGUUACAGAUUCAAGGCCAGAUUUAUCAUAGAGCUGGAUCAUUACUAUCAUUCCCUGACACUGAGUCUCAAUUUCUGCAAAUUUAUUUUGUUGAGAAUAGCAAUGAUGAAUUAAAUCGGCAUUGUGCAAUUGUUCCAAGUGCAAGGCGUCAAAUUAUUUUGGACCUGCAAAUUUUUUUCCAACAACACAAUGAAUUAGUUCAAUUGUUCAAAACCCCUCUUGAUUGUAUGCCAUCUGAUAAUCAUAGGAUAGUAAUAAGAGUCGACAAAACGUCCUUUGAAGAGAAUGCAAGACGCUUCAAUGCACCAACUAUUGAUGAAGUGGCCAUUGUAAUUGUUGGAGAGCAGUUUCCAUCUCACGAUAUUGUGCUACACCGAAGUAAUGAGCAAUUGCAGUGUGUAUCAGAGCUUUAUCGCAGCUAUGAUGCAUUGCAGUAUCCAUUAUUGCACUGGAAAGGUGAAAUGCAUGCACCAAAAAAUGUGCAUGUCAAUGCUAUCAAUUAUCUCAUCCAAGAAAAAUUGCCUGGUGCAGUGACAUCAUACAACUCUGUUGAUAGCGCUUUGAAUAAAGAUGAUGCAGUCAACUUCCAGUUGAAUUUUUGAAUUUGUUAGAACCGCCCGGUAUGCUGUCGCACUGCUUUAAUUUGAAGGUUGGCUUAUCAAUUAUUUUACUACGGAAUUUGAAUGCACCAAAACUGUGCAACGGCACAAGAUUAGAUGUAAAAAGAUUGUUACCGAAUUUAACCGAAGCCACAAUAUUGACUGGCAAAGCGAAGGGGAAAGUUGUACUCAUCACACGUAUUCCUCUGAUACCAACAGACAUGCCAUUUGAACCCAAACGAUUGCAUUUCUUUUGCGCCUGUCAUUCGCCAUGUCGAACAUUAAGGCACAAGAACAAACGCUCCAAGUAUACGGUUUGAAUUUGGAGAAUCCGUGUUUUUUCGCACAGACAACUACGUGGCACACAUUAAAUUGUUUAAUUGUGUUUGCCUCAAAUGGACAAACAAAGAAUAUUGUUUACCCAAAUUUGUUGGAUUGAUAAUAAAAAAUUUGGAAAAAAAAUAAAUGAUAUUCAAGGGAAAAUGAUAUGAUUUUUAUUGCAUUUUUGUUUUGUUACUGCGAAACACACAAAGUCGGCUAUUCAUUAUUACAAAACUAACUCUAACUGUACAAUCAACGUGCUAUUAUUUACGUUUGAAAAUUCACGUCGUUUAUUUAAGGACUAGGGGACGGGAAAAAGAAAGAAGGUAAAUAAUAAAUAUCUGAUUUAAGAAUUUAAUUUAGAGAAAUCAAUAACUACACUCGAGCGAAGCCGGAUUAUUCAGCUAGUUUGAUAUAAAAUACUACUUUUGAAGGUUUAUUGGGCAUGCUAACGGAGUUCAAUUUCGGGUAAGUUGCCAAUUCGUCAUCAUACCGAGAGUGCCACGUGAAUGUAUAAUAAGGCAGUUAAAGAACACACCAGAAUGUUCUCAAAGACUUGCACAGCAGCAACGUGAUGCUUUGAGUCUGAAAUCAGCAUUUAAUUACCGAUCAGAAAUUGAUUAUUUAAAUAUUCCAGCGCUUCAAAUAGGACCAAUAACUACAUUAUAUCCAACGUGUCCUGCAAAAAAAAUGGAAAGAUGAAACCCAUGGACUUAGGUGCACUGACGGUAGAGUAGUUGUUUUAGACCAUUUUGAGGAUCCUCCGGACCUAAUUUAAAGUUAAAUUGAUAAUUCUCACUCUCUAUAAAAAUGCAAUGAAAAACGAAAUAGCCGAAUGGAAUUUCAUACCCACUUUUAAAAUUCAGGGUGAACAUUUGACAGGUAGUUUAUUACCCGAAAUUAGAAAUAAUGCUAAAUUUUUACUAAAUUUUAUGUCAGAGUCGAAUCAAAUAUCUACUCGAACAAGUAUAAUUUUAAAUUUAAAAAGAGAUCUCAUUGAAUCAUUGCAAACAGUUUUGAGUGAAAAUAAUUACCUCAUACAGAGUUUCAGAUCUAAUAUAAAGUCAAGGUCCUUUGAUGAGUUGCAAAAUUUUUAGUUAAUUAUUCACGCUGAUCAAGUUCCUUAAGGAGAACAUAGAGGUUAAUAUAAUGCACCUAUAAUCGAUGAAGUAGCUGUAUUAUUAGUUAAAGAAGAUAAAGAUCACAGAGAUAUAGUUCUGGACUGUCGGAGUGGAUACUUGUGUCGAGUUUCUGAAUUGAAUGUAUACUAAAGGUAAAGGCGGAUCUCACAUUAAUAUUUUACAGUAAAAUAACCAAAAUCGAACAACAAAAACGGUCUCCUUCAUACAAUUUUACUCUUACAUAUUUAUGGUUAGACAAUCAAGUCUAAAUUACCUACAUUAUUACAAAACCUUAUAUUUGCCGUUUUCAUUCAAAUGGCUUUAAUUCCCUGUUAAAAUUUUUUUUUAAAAAUUUCAAGGUCAAUCAUUUAGAUACAUUGACGUACAAAAUGCUAUUUACAUGGACAAUUAUACGUCGGAUUUUCUCGAACUGGGGACCCGAAUCAUCUAAUGAUUUUGAUUUCAACAGGAGAUAGAAUAAAAAACGUUAUAUACUAAGAAGUUUUUUAAAACUCUUAUGAUUGGUUAUCAAUA